CGCCAUUUUUUGCUCUUCAUUGAAUGUUGACAUGUUGUUCUGGUUAAAAGUUUCCAAUGUUUAGACUGCAGUAAUUUCGAUGAUUGAAAAAAUGGAUAUUAUUGAAAUAUUUGAAUCUCGCGUACCAUGCCUGUCAGACAUUUUAGAUUUACAGAGGACCUGUCAAAAGCAGGAGCUGAAGUUUUCUCCGGACACCAAUCGUUAUUUGCUCUAUCUCACAUUGAAGAAAGUUGGACCAUUUGUUGCACAAAAACUUGUUAGCAAAUUGGUAGAGAAAGGAGAGAUAAAAUGGGAUGAUGAUGAUAACUGGGAAGUGGAGAGAAUCCUUGAUCAUGUGGAAGAGGAGGGCAAAGAUUUCUACCUCAUUAAAUGGAAAGGUUGGAGCAAUGCAUAUAAUUCCUGGGAGCCCAAAGACAAUUUGUCAUGUGAAGAUUUAUUGGUAGAGUUUAAAGAAUUCCAGGCCAAAGGAAGAAAACGUAGAAUUGUUGAUGCAGAAGAUGAUCUUGCUCCAAAUCCUAAGCGUAAUCGAGUAGAUGAAAUCUUCCACAAGCUAGCUCCUGUCAGAGACACGUUGUCACCAAUAGGACUCAUGUCAUUAUCUAGUCCCACGAAAAAAGGAAAGAGGCCAGUAUAUAGAGGAAUAAAUGGGAAUUAUGGAGAGUCUAGAUUUAUACCACGCAGAGCAGCAGCUCCAGGAAUGAAACAGCUGAAUCCAAGGUCCAAAUUCUACAAACAGAAGAGAGUUGAAGUACAGAGAGCCUUAAAAGACUGGGAAAGACAUUUGAAUGGAAUCAAUACUGACCCUGCAGGGAUUGUUGUAGAAAAUCUAGUAGACCUGGAAGGGCCACCUGAAAACUUUGUUUAUAUAAACGACUACCGUUCAGGUGAGGGAAUCACAAUUCCUGAUGACCCAAUCGUAGGGUGUGAAUGUGAGGACUGCCACAGCAGUCAAAAAACAUGCUGCCCUACACAGUGUGGUUCAACCUUCGCAUAUUAUAAGAAGAAAAGACUAAGAGUUGUACGAGGGACACCUAUAUAUGAAUGUAAUAAGAGAUGUAAAUGUGGGCCGGAUUGUCCAAAUAGAGUGGUGCAGCAAGGAAGGAAGUUCAAGGUGUGUCUGUUCCGCACUGCCAAUGGCAGAGGCUGGGGAGUCAAGACUCUGCAGAAAAUAAAAGAAGGAUCCUUUGUCGUAGAAUAUGUUGGUGAAGUGAUCACAGACAAGGAAGCUGAACGUCGAGGUAAGCAGUAUGAUGCUGUUGGUAGGACCUACCUCUUUGAUCUUGAUUACAACCCAGGAGACUGCCCCUUCACAGUGGAUGCUGGCUACUAUGGAAAUGUGUCUCAUUUCAUCAAUCAUUCAUGUGAUCCCAACUUAGAAGUGUUUGCUGUGUGGAUAAAUACUCUAGAUCCCCGCCUGCCUCGCAUUGCUUUGUUCUCCAAAAGGGACAUAGAAAAAGGAGAGGAACUCACUUUUGAUUAUAUGAUGACUGGAGACACCACUAACCAAGCUCCUACACUAGAUGAUGUGGACAUCACUAAGCAGGCCAAGUUAUUACAAGCCUCCAGUGCCCAGUCCUUGGAGAUGUCCAGUAGCCUGGUAAAUGAUGAGAACACUGCUACAGAGGAUGAAGACACAGCAGAAGAUUCACAGGGCUCUGACACCACAGGGGAAACGGAAACCGAAUGUGAAACUGCAGAUGAGAAAGAAUCCAGUGGAGGUGAACAAAGGGCAGAAGGGAUGGAUGUCAAGGGAGGAGAAACAAAGUCACCUGAAACAGAGAUGGCUGCCACUGGGGAUGCUCCAACUGGUAAUGCUGGGAGCCCCUUGGCUCCAGUGAUGAAGAAAACACCAGAAAAACUCCUGCCCAAGUCUGUUACUGAUCAGUACAAGAUUGUCUGUCAGUGUGGGGCCAAGAACUGUAGAAAAUACUUGUUUUGAUUUUCUUAGUCCUUUUAUUAGUCCUUCUUAUAGUCAUUUCUAUUAUGGUAUUUUUAUUUACUGGUUCCUUUUUUUGGAGCCUUGGAAAAGAAUGUAUUUCUGUCUGAAUGUGUGAUUGAAAAAUCCUUAUUUUGUGGAAUUUUCAGAAUGGUGCCCAUAAUGUGUUCAAACAUUGAGAAGUGCAAGAAGAUAAUUAUUAUGUGCCAAUAUUAACAGCAUAUUAGCAUCAUUAAUUUCAGACAAUUUGUAAAUAUAUGUACAGUGUUGGGGAAAAAGUGGUAAAAGUGUAGAUUACGGGAAUUUCUUCAUUUAAUUGCAGUAAGAAAUAUUUAUAUAUAUCCUGAAAAUUCAUAAUGAUCUCAAAUUCUUAUGAAAGAUAAUACAAUAAAAAUGAUAAGAUUUGAUACUGUGUGUCAAAAUUGAGUAAUUCCACUGUGUUUAAAUGUGUGUCAGUUUUUGCAAAUACAGGUAACUCUUGAUGGCUCGAACUUCGAUCUCUCGAAGUUCUUGAUCGCUUGAAGUGAGUCUCCGGUCCCGAAUUUUUCCCCUAUAUAACUAAGCAAAUUUACUCUUGAUUUCUCGAACUCUUGAUCUCUCGAAACCCUUGAUCCCUCGAAGUCAAAAUUCAGUCCCGCUAUGCAUAUCCUAUUAGAUUUUACCCUCGAUAGCUCGAAGUGACUAUGUGUAUACAAGGUUAUAUAAUUAGCACCUUUACCUGGACAUUUAAAUGGCCCCAGGCAGAAGACGCGGGUCUCGAGGAACGGGAUGUUUAUUCAGGUGACACUUAUGCAGCAAGAUGAUAAUUGAUUUAUAAUUAAUCAUUUUUACCUAUAUGCUAUUAAAAUAAUUAUCAUCGACUGUCUUACGAUGAUUCAGAGACGGAAUGUCAGUGAAAAGUACAUUGUAGUAAUUGAUUACAAGACGAAACAUUAAUUUAAUUUUUAUUUCGAGUCAGUGUCAAAGUUAAAUGAAAUAUGAAAAAUCAUAAACAGCCUCAAUGUCAAUAUGAUGACUAUUGUUGGACAAAUACUUACAGAACUGCGUUCAAUGAUCAUGUAAAUAUGGAAUUUAUAGUCAAUGCUACAUGUAUGUAUGUGACGCGGUAAAAUGUCGUUUUCAUGUAACGAAUGCGUAGUAUGAUGUCCGUAUUACAACAUGUACAAAGAAUUAAAUAUACAUGAAAUGACGAUUUACAUUUUUUGCACCACUCAGUUUAAUGAAAUAUUCAUCUAAAUUACGGAAAAAUAUCGUUGUUUUAUAUCAACCACGUGUCAAAGGUAAGCACUGCAUGAAAAUCAUUACAUCCCGUAAGACUAAUCUUAAAACCUGUCAACAAACCCGGAAAAUUCCGGACUCUUGAAAACUCGAACUCUUGAUCUCGAAGUUUUUCCUCGGUCCCGCGGACUUCGAGGUAUCGAGAGUUACCUGUAUGUAUUUGUAAAUUUGUUUCAUAGGAGCAGCUGGGAUGAAAACAAAGAAACUUUUUUUUGUGAGUCGAGCACAUAAAUGCAAAUUUAGGAUAUUUUCACAUCUUUUUUGCAUUUAUGAUAUUCAUAACCAUACAAUUGUUUGAAUAACAUGAUGACCCACAUUUAUCAUGCUCUUUUAAAAUAUUUAUGUUAUUUUUGUUUUGUCCUGUAUAUUUUUUCAUGUGAUCAUGUUUUCAAUGGCAGGGAAGUUACACAUAGCACUAAGUAUUGCUCAUCCAAAUAUGUAUGAAUUUCCUAAUGGUAGGUCUUGUAUAUAAAAUCAAAUAUCUGUAAACUUCUUUAUGUUAUAUGUACUCAUUAUAUCAUUUAAGCUGAAUUGGAGCAUGAAAUAUUUUUAGCUGAAACUUCAUAAUUUUGAGGCUUCUUUUAAUAAGAAGAAGAAUAUGCUGUUAUUCUGAAAAAGAAGGGGGGAAAUAAUUACAUAAAACUAUUUUAUUGUAUAUAGAAUUUUUACUUUGAAAGUCAUGUCACUAAUGAUCAAUUUUACAUCUUCUAAAGAAGUGCAAAAAUUUUUAAUGUCAUUAGAUAAAUUUUGAGAUAUUAAAUUGAAGCAACAGAUAAUGAGAUUUAGAUGUUUGAAUGUAUUUAAAGAACACAUGUUUAAGUUAUUUUCAUGAUUUUGCAAAUGUGUAUGAUGUUCUGAAUAAAUUUUCAAGUGUG